UUAAGCAUCCAAUUCUCCGUGGAGCUUCACUCGACAACCUGUGGUCAUCUGCGCUCGCUGAAACUUAACCUGUCUACGUCUUACCUGUCCAUCAACAGGCGAAUAAGUGCACAUUUUUCAGCAUUUGCCUAAUUACUUCGUACUCAACAAGCGAGAGAAUUCAUCGGACAGCUUCGAGUUUAAUUUACAAGUGACCUACAAUAAGGAUGAGGGGAUCCUUGCACGCGCUGUGCUUCUUAGCGCUGCUGGUGAGCGGCGGCCGCGCGGCGCGGCUCGCGGCGGGGCCGCUGCAGGCGCUGGGCUCGACCGUCCUCGCCUCCCACGGCCAGGCUGGCGGCGAAUUGAGACGGCCUGGUGACGUAGAAGGGCCCAAGGUGGUGGUGGAGAAUUUGGGCGUGACGUUCGUGGGCACAACCAUGCAGUCUCUGUACAACCGAACCAUCAACUCUUUCCUUGGCAUUCAAUUCGCGACUGCAGAUCGCUUCAAGUACAGCGAGCUUAAAACAAGUCUUGGCACUGGUAACGAAGACUAUCCUGCCGAUCACAUGGGGCCGAAGUGCUGGCAAAACUCAAUGGUCGGAAACUUCGCUGAAGGAGACGAGGAUUGUCUGUUCCUCAACGUGUAUGUACCUGCGGAUAACGCGACUGGGGGUGAUAAACUGCCUGUGAUGGUAUUCAUCCACGGAGGAUCCUUCACGAGUGGUGACGCUUCCCUCUACCUGCCCACCAGGCUCCUCGACGAGGAUGUCAUCCUUGUGGUCAUCCAGUACAGACUGGGGGCUCUCGGUUGGCUCUCACUUCUAAAUGACGAGAUUCCCGGCAACGCGGGUUUGUCCGAUCAAAUCAACGCUCUACAUUGGGUUCAAAAUUACAUUGCACCUUUCAACGGAGACCCGGAGAAAGUGACAGUGUUCGGCCAGAGCGCCGGAUCCGUGUCAGUGAGCACUCUGGUCGCCAUCCCCUCAACUAAAGGCUUGUUUGCCCGCGCCAUCGCCGAGAGCGGCUCGUCGCUCGAGUAUUGGGCGAUAGACGAACAUCCCGUGCAGUCGGCGACCGCAUUCGCCGAGCUUUGCGGUUGUGACAUCACCGAUGAAUCAACUAUCGCAGAUUGUUUAAAUAAAAAAUCUGCGGCCGAGCUAACGAUGUGUACUUCAAAGUCCGUGGCCACGCAACAAAAGAAUGCCAACCUUGGGUUUGACGGCGUCUCUCCAGUGGUGCAGCCUAAUGGCACCGUGACCAAUCCACUCAUCGAGAUGUUGCCUGCUGACUACAUGGCCCAGAGGCUCUCCAACAACGUAACCUUCAUGAGUGGCUGCGUCAGGGACGAAGGAUCAUACGUCUACGCUCUGAUGCUGGAGGCUUAUUUGAAGCCCAACAACCUCACCACUAAUGGGGAUUACCUCGCCAACCAGGCCAUCCCAGAUGUUCUCAAAGCUGCAGGCAUCGACGACAGCACGCGCGUACUUUCGCAGGCGCUCACGGACACCUUCUUCCCUGGCGUUGACAUGACCGAUAUCGAUGCCAUUACUCCCGGCAUGAUCGAUCUUAUGGGCAUGCUGUUCUUGAAGUCCGGCACUUACAACUUCGCGAAAAUGCACAGCCGUUACUACAAAACAGACACUUACUUCUAUACCUUUGACUUCGUAAGCGAAAACUCGCUUUUCGACCUCAUGUUCAUCGAUCCUCCCUUCGACGGCGGAGUAACACACGCGGAUGAGCUGAUGUACCUCUUCUCGCUUCCAACUGAGCUCACCGAUGCGCAACGUCUAACCUCGAAGCGCCUCGUCAAACUCUGGACCAACUUCGCCAAGACUGGGGAACCGUCGGCUCAGGCGGACAGCGAGUUAGGGUUGCCAGUCUGGAAGAAGUUUACCGAAGAAGAACCCAACUACCUCCUCAUCGAGGACAAGUUGGAGAUGAAGAAGAACUACCCUGAGAGGUAUACGAUCGAGAUGCAGCUCGCUUACCCCACGACGCCCGCUCCCCCUACUGACCCGCCAGCGGAAACGGUUCUUAAAACAGAAUACGAUGACCUCAAGAAGCAGAGUGACGCCUUCAUGGCUUGCAUGAUCGUCUUCAUCGUUCUCUUCGUCGCCAGCACCGGCGGAGCAGUCUUCUUCUACCUCAAAACUCGUUAAGCCUUGUCUCCUCCUUCCAAGAUAGUUGACCAUCAUCUUUUAACGCACAUAACUCACAAACGAUCAUACUCCUUUUUAUUUUAUUUUUUUUCGAACUCGAUGCAUUUGUAGUUUCAGACCUAAAGUUAAGUUGUAGUUAAAGUUGUAGUUUCAGUCUAAUUUACAAUCAUGUUGAAUAGCGUGGCAUGAGAAGCUCUGCCGGGAAUGUAAAUCAUAGGAAUCAAAUAAUAGGAAUCAUAGGAAUCAAGUCCAGCAAUCCAGCCGUGGACCAGCAAUGUUCAACAUCUGGUAGUGUUAGGUGUAUGGAAGUUUUGUUGCGUACUGUCGAAUUAAUUGUAAUUAAGUAAAUUAAUGUCGAAUGGUCAUUUUACAAAAUGUUUAUCAUUAAGUUCAUGAUUUUUGUUCAUGAAUAAAAUCGUUAAGUUCAUGAUUUUAGUUUCUAAUUAUAAAAUGCAAGGAAACAUAAUUCAAUUUGGCAAUAACAUUGAUUACGUCAAAUCCAUUAGAUUCAUAUUAAUUUUUACGAAGAAAAUUAAAUAAGGAAUGAUUUUAUUAGUAAUAACAUAGUAUAAAAUCGUAAAACAUGAUGCCUAAAUUUAAUCAUUUAUAUGCUUCAAAUUUUUCAAAUCGCUAAAUUUUUUAUUUAAAUUGUAAUUUUGCAAUCGAUCACUCGACUAGUCUCAGUAUACAAGUAUUUUUAAUGAGCAGCUGUAGUAAAAUUAGAUAAAUGUU